AUGAGUCUACACUGGGGAACCUACCGUGUAUUCCAAGCGAGUCUGCAGGACUCUGUGAGUCUGAUUGCCUCGAGAAAGGACUAUAUGAGCGUGGACAAGAACUUACAAAUCCUUCAAGCUGUCAACGAAAUAGACGAGCAGCAACAAGCAAUUACAACUUUGAAGUUCCGAUACCUUCUGGAGAAUCUUCCUGGUUCGGCUUACACAUAUAUUGACACCCUUAAUAGCAGAUGGAGAGCUUUCUGGAGAGAUAUCACAACAGAGUUUGGCGGCAGCCGAAAGCGAGGCGGCAACGGAAGGCGCGGCGUCACACGAAGGCGAGACGGCAGGAGGGGAAGGCGAGAUGGCAGAAAGGAAGAUGCCACGACAGCGGAAGGCACGGCGGCAACAGAAGGUGCAACGGCGAUUGAGGAUAAUCAUACCACCACCAAGCCAGGCCCUGAUAAACUCUUCGGCGGGCCUUUCGAAUCGAAAAUUGAGGCCAAAGGUCAGGAACUAUACAGUGAUCUGAGCGAGAUUAUCAAUCGAUACAAGGGCAACACUUACAAAUUCGAUGAUAUGCUUUUCGGUCCAGUCACUGCAGAUAUUCUGCGGGCCCUGGCUCCGAACUUGAACAAGAGUGCAGAGUUGGAUUGGGACAAAGAGCCUCUCCAGUACUCCCAUUUUGUCAAAGCUAAGGAAGAACGGAGAAAACGAGAAAAGCAGAAGAAGAGAAAGAAAAAUCAGGCAAGACCGAGCCAGGAGCAAAAAAGAAUAAGAAACCUAACUGGAAUCAGAUCAUCGAAGCUCGAUUGCAGCGGCUGGAGCGAUUGGAGGAGACGAGGGCCUCGGACGCAAGUCUCUUUUCCUGGGUGUGGCAGUGGUUUGGUAGAGCGACUGACCAUCCAGAAGACAAAGCCGAACAGGAUAACGGGUCUCUGCCCAAAAUAUCCUUGA